AUGGUCAAAGUGGUUUUGAAUGAAUUUGGUAGACAAUGUCUGGUUAGAACUGAAAUGGAUGUAUCCAAAUGUUCUUCAUUUUUAAAAGUAGUGGAAAGAACAGAUAAAUUGCCUGUUGAUUAUGAUGGAUAUGAUAAUUUUAAAGAUAAAGUCUAUUAUAUGGUGACUCAUGAUGGUGCUGAGAAGCUUGGGUUUGUGUUGAGGUUUGCAAUUGAUGAGAUGGUGAGGGUCAACAGCGAUUUAUUCCAAGAACUUUUCACAAUUGACGAAAUUGAACAUGAAAUAAGGUUUAAAAGUCAUGAUUUUGAAGAGAGAAAUCGUUUAUUAGAUGAAUUGGCUCUUGAAUUAUAUCAUAAAUCAACUUUGAAAGAGAUCAAAGGUUGGAGAGAUGAGAAAUAUCCGGUUUAUGUUGAUAAAAAUCUCUAUAUUUUAGUAGAGAGAUCUAUGGCAGGUGCCUUAGGUAUCGUAACUUAUGGGAUACAUAUUAAUGGUUAUACAGUUGAAAAAAGUACUAAUGAGAUUAAAUUUUGGAUACCUAGAAGAUCUAAAUCGAAACAAACAUGGCCAAAUAUGUUGGAUAAUAUCAUUGCUGGGGGGUUGGCUUAUCCAUAUGGCGUUCAUGAAACUGUUUUAAAAGAGAGUAUGGAAGAAGCAAAUCUAUCGAAGAGUAUAGUUGAGAAAUACAUUACUCCUGUAGGGUUAGUGUCGUAUUUACAUUACAGCAAUGACAUAAGAACUGAUACUUUUGAUGAGGAGAAAAGUUUUGUUGUGGGAGAAGUGGAACACUUGUUUGAUAUGAAACUUCCUGAGGACGUUAUUCCAAGACCAAACGAUGGUGAAGUGGAAAGCUUCCAAUUAAUGUCUUUACAGGAGGUCAUAUAUGCCUUAUUUAAUGAUGAGUUCAAACCUAAUUCUGGGUUAAUCAUGCUUGAGUUUUUGAUUAGGCAUGGUUUUGUUCAUGCAGAAAAUGAACCAAACUAUAAUGAAAUUAUUACAAAAAUGCACAGAAAACUGCCUUUCCCUGUGCGUAAUUGA